AUGGACUCCUUGACAACCACUCCUACAUACUUUGGCUUGGUUAGAGAUAUCAACGACGCUUUAAUCUUGUUUCAGUUAGCGGUAGAUGGCGAACUCAAACUGGUGCAACAGCGCCUAAGCGAAGAGGACCGCAACAGACUCAUCAAAUCCGGGAAUAUCUUUAUCUUCAAAGAAAGCAGCGGAAUAAGGCGUUGGACAGACAGCGUUUCUUGGUCUCCAUCUCGUAUUGUUGACAACUUUCUUGUUUAUCGUGAAGUCAAGAAGGACGAGAGUGGACACAGAAGAGACAUCUCAAAGAAUCGAUCCCGCUCAAUUGGAUAUCGGGACCGAGAACGAUCAAGGUCCCCGAAAAGACCUGAACCCUGCCGAAUGGUCACCAAACGACCGGAUCCAGCUCUUGUAGGCUCUUUGGCAGAUAGUGAGCACUUCAAAGAAGGUGGCCUUGUUAAAAGGACCAUCACUGCCAAGUUCAAAAAUGAGACUUACCACUUGGUCUCAUAUUAUACCCUAGAAGAUGCGGAAGACUGCCGACUACCUCAGAUCAGUCACAAUCCAAAUUAUACGGAUCUAGAAAUUCAUCAAGAUCUGAUAAACAGCCCGUCCUUUAGAGUGACGCUGAAUGGGUGCAUGAACCCAAUGGUAGAAGGCUACGAAAAGCAACCGCAACCUCUUGAAUUUUAUGGAAACUAUGGACGAACAACUCAAUCUUCAUAUCCUCCGGCCCAACCAGCCCUAAUGCCGUCGUAUCUGCCCAACGUAUCACCACAAAGACACCAUCAACCUCGCUACGUUGACAGCCUACCCCACGGUACAGGCCCUUAUGGAACCGUGCCUGGAAUUCCUUGGAGAUCCGGGAAUCGUCCACUAAGUGAGACAUGCAGUCCCACUCGUUCUCAGCAGAUGGCUUCCCAUCCAGUCUGGCCAUCCCAUCCGACUCCAACUGACCCCAGUCCACGAUCUGGACGGGAUGUCAGACUAAGUGACAGCUACUCGCCUGUACAAGGAAGCUACCCCACCAGUGUUCCAGAGUACUAUGAUAAUAUCGAUCACAGUCUUGGGUAUAAUCGUCCAAGUUCAAUGACCCUGUCGACGCCCCCGAAUCCCCCUGCCAUGUUUGGUCGAAAUGACUACAACACACCCGUGUACGACCCCGCGAAAAAGUCAGGGGAGUACGCAAGAUCUUAUUACGAUGGCAAUAUCAAGGACGACUCGUUUGGAGGAAGAUUGUACGAUAAUGAAGAAAAGCCACUGCGUUAA